UCCUCUUCAAAGUGGCCACCGCCCCUUCCCCCCUGCCUCGCCCCUCUCCCCCCAAAGGAGAAGCGCGAGCGCAGUCCCAUUCCCAUCACCCCCAAACCCUAAUUCCGAACGAGCACGGGAUCGAGGUGUUACCCACUUUCCUCCCCCGUCCCUCCGAACACGAGAGGAUAGAGGUCUACGGCAAUGGCGAAGGUAUCGCCCGAGACGUCGCUGCGGCUCCUCGCCGUGCUCCUCCUCGUCGCCGUCUCCGCGGCGAAGAAGAAGGCCGCCGUCGGCGUCACGUACGACGGCCGCUCCCUCAUGAUCAACGGCAGGAGGGAGCUGCUCUUCUCCGGCUCCAUCCACUACCCGCGUAGCACACCUGAGAUGUGGCCGGACCUCAUCCAGAAGUCAAAGCAUGGUGGACUGAACGUGAUUCAGACCUACGUGUUCUGGAACGUCCAUGAGCCUGCUCAGGGCCAGUACAACUUCGAAGGAAGGUAUGACUUGGUGAAAUUCAUCAAGUUGAUCCAGCAGCACGGCAUGUAUGCCACCCUCAGGAUCGGCCCCUUCAUCCAGGCUGAAUGGAAUCAUGGAGGAUUGCCAUACUGGCUCAGGGAAGUCAAAGACAUCACCUUCCGGACUAACAAUGAGCCUUUCAAGUACCAUAUGCAGAGGUUUGUGGAAAAGAUAGUGCAGCUUAUGAAGGAUGAGAAGUUAUUCGCUUCUCAAGGAGGCCCCAUCAUUCUAUCACAGAUUGAGAAUGAAUACAAUAACAUUGGAAAUUACUUUAAACUAGAAGGAAAAAAAUAUAUCGAAUGGGCCGGCGAGAUGGCUAAUCAGACAAAUACUGGAGUCCCGUGGGUGAUGUGCAAGCAGAACAAUGCUCCUCAGACAGUGAUUAAUGCAUGCAAUGGAAGGAAUUGUGGAGAUAACUUCGCUGGCCCGAACCAUCCAACCAAGCCUGUCCUGUGGACCGAGAAUUGGACUGCUCAGUAUAGAGUAUUUGGUGAUCCACCAUCCCAAAGAUCAGCUGAGGAUCUUGCAUUCUCUGUUGCACGCUUUUUCUCAAAGAAUGGCACUCUAGCAAACUAUUACAUGUAUCAUGGAGGAACCAACUUUGGGAGGACAGGUGCUGCUUUCGUCAUGCCUAGAUACUACGAUGAAGCCCCUCUUGACGAAUUUGGUUUAUAUAAGGAACCCAAAUGGGGUCAUCUGCGCGACUUGCAUCAUGCCUUGAGAUUGUGCAGAAAAGGUUUGCUUUGGGGAUCAUACUCUGUCCAACACGUGGGUAAUGGCUUUGAUAUUAGGCUUUAUGAGAAGCCCGAAAGCAACGUAUGUGUUGCUUUCCUCCAUAACAAUAAUACCAGAAUUGACGGGACAGUGAAAUUCAGAGGUGUUGAAUACUUCCUGCCUCGUCAUUCCAUCAGCAUCCUCCCAGAUUGUAGGACUGUGGUCUUCAACACCCAGAGGGUGAAUGCUCAACAUAACUCGAGGACGUUCCAUGUAGCAAAGCAGAGUCAACAGAACAACAAAUGGCAAAUGUACCAAGAAGCUGUACCCAAGUUCCGUCAAACUUCGGUCAUAUCAAGAACACCCUUGGAACUAUUUGAGAUGACCAAGGACACUACAGAUUAUUUGUGGUACACCACAAGCUUCAGCCUAGAGGAUGAGGAUUUACCAAUGAGACGUGAUAUCCGGCCAGUGAUUCAAAUCGCAGGCCCCGGCCACAUGGCACAUGCCUUUGUCAAUGGCAUUUACGUAGGAUCGGGUCACGGAGUCAAAUUGGAGAAAAGUUUCAUUUUCCAGAAGCCCAUGGAUCUGAAAGCAGGAAUUAAUCACGUUGCCAUUUUGGCCUUGACAAUUGGAAUGCCGGAUAGCGGAGCUCUCUUAGAGAAAAGGAUCGCUGGUGUUCAUAAAGUUGUGAUUCAAGGUCUCAACACUGGAACUCUGGAUUUGUCGGUAAAUGGCUGGGGCCAUAGGGUUGGAUUGUCUGGAGAGAAGUCAGGAAUCCAUAAUGAGGAAGGAUCUAGCCGUGUUCAGUGGACAGACGCUACGAGCGGAACACCUAUUACCUGGUACAAGAGAUACUUUGAUGCUCCUAAUGGAAAUGACCCAGUUGCCCUAGAUUUGAGCAGCAUGGGGAAAGGGCUAGUAUGGGUCAACGGCGAGUGCAUUGGACGAUAUUGGACUUCGUACCAUUCUCCACUAGGACAACCUUCUCAGUCAGUCUACCACAUUCCCCGCGCCUUCUUGAAGCCGAAGAAUAACUUCUUGGUGGUAUUCGAGGAGGAAGGGGGGAAGCCAGAGGAGAUAUUGGUCAUGACAGUGAAGAGGGACAACAUCUGCACCUUUGUCUCUGAGUUCCACCCAGCGCAUAUUAAGUCGUGGGUGAGGACAGACAACCAGAUCAAGGCUGUGGCCGAAGAAGUGAAGCCGAAAGCUACCCUUAAAUGCUCUGACAAGAAGGUGAUCAAUAAGAUUGUCUUCGCAAGCUUCGGGAACCCGAUGGGCAUUUGCGGUAAUUUCACCGCAGGGACUUGCCACUCUCCACAGGCCAAGAUCCUUGUUGAGAAGCUAUGCUUGGGGAAGAGGUCAUGCAAUCUACCGGUGUCACACAAGGCCUACGGCACGGACGACAGUUGCCCUGGAACCACCAGCACUCUUGCGGUCCAAGCUAAAUGCUCGCGGAGGAACGCAAAGAAGUCGAUGGAAUAAAAUCGCGGUCAUUAAACUGGUCCUCUUUUUUUUUCGAGGACUCAUUAAUAAAAUGUAAUCACUCCCUUUUUUUGGAUAAUUAAAGAUGAUUGUAUUCGGUCUCGAUCCUAAGGAUUAAACUUUGCUUGCAAUAGAUUAAUGGGUCUAUUACUCCAUCAAAAUUUUCCCCUUUCUCUUAAGGGAAUUGUCAUAAUGUGAUCGAUAUCGCCGGCCUCUAUUGCCUUCCCUGAGCUUUAUUACCUAUUUAGAUCUCUUCCUGUGAGCGGUGUUUCGAAUAAGCAAUUGAGCUCAGACUCUUAGAAAUGUAACUGGAUAUGAUGCCUUUUUCCCAAGAAUGAUAAUAAUCGUUUUGGAUC